AAUCCUAAAAAAGAUUUUUGCGAUUAUUAUCAAGUAACUGGUGGUAAACUCGAAAAUAACGAAUCGUAUGAAGACUGCGCCCGACGCGAAGCCAAAGAAGAAGCCGGAGUCGGAGUUGAAUCAAUGCCAUACGUUACUUUAGAUAAAUAUAUUGAUAAAAAUACUAGUAAUUUAUUCGAAUGUGCAAUUUAUAUCGGAUAUAUUGGUAAACAAAUUCCCACAAACAAAGAACCCGAAAAUCACGAUGAUUGGGAAUUAGUUGAUUUAAAAAAGUUUAAAACAUAUAAGUUAACCAGUUCCCUCGAUAAAUAUUAUGAAGAUAUCAAAAAAUCCAUACUCCAUCAUCGUAUUAACAAAAAACGAAAAUUAGAGGAAUUCGUUAGAUUAGAUGAUGAAAUUAAUAAUGUUUUAGAGAUUGAACAAAGUAACAUAAAAAUUGAGACUUUGUAA